UUACAGAUAAAAUUUAUCAUUUUGAAAUUUCACCUGAAGUCCCUUCUAGUAUAUGUGCACUUGUACUUUACGCAAAUUACAUGUAUCUGACCUCGCCGUUCAAUGUUGCUUUGCCCGCAGUGUAAAUUUAUCUAUUUUGUUUUAAGCCCUUAGAAUAUAUAGAGAUUGGCUAUGGUGGAAACCCUUUUACUAUUAAAUUAUCUUCUUCAUGUCCCAAAACGUCAUUUGUCGUCUUAAGAGCUGUUGCCUGAUUUGCCAACCACCUAGAAAAUAUAUACACUAUUUUAAGUAAUUUUGUUGUCAGAUUUCUUCCAUAAAAACAGUUUGUGGCUCAGCCGAUUCGUUAUUCUUUUGCAUAAUUACUUCACAAAAUUUAUAAAACAUCUCAAUUAUGGAUAAAAUUUACAUUUAUCUGGACGAUGCCAAACAUCCAAGGGCAUUUAGGCAAACUGGGAACAUUCUCGAUCAGAUUGCUCGCGAGUUUCAAAAAGUGCAUCCGCCUCAGAUCCUGUUUGACAUAACGGAAGAUGAAAAUAAUCCUGCGCAGAUAGCCACAGAAACUAACCCAUUGGUUCCUGGAAGAUUUUACCGGUGGAAGACAGCCGAGGAAAAAUGGCAGAAUAAAGAGUUGGUUCAAAACGCCUUGUUUUGUUCACUUGCUUCUUACGAGGAUAGACCCUUGAGUUACCUGAUGGACAAAAGGAGAUUUCACAGUGUAACUCUUUUGAUAGCAGCGAAUCUUUAUUUCGGCAAACAAGUUGCGUCCCUUUUUAUCUCAACUUCGGAAGGAUUCGGCAAACAGAAAAAGACGCUAAUUAUUGCAUUCAGAGGAACCAAAACCUUUGAAGACGUUGUCUCAGACUUCAAAAUUGGGUUCAAGACCGAUUCGACUUUCGUUGGCAAAAUCCACGGUGGCUUUCUUCAGAGGAUGCAAUCUGUUUCCACUGAGAAAAUCUUUCAGCUUGCCAAAAUAAACGAGGUUGAUGAGAUCGUAACAUGCGGCAGCUGCCUUGGAGGCGCUGUAUCUUCUUUAGUCCACCUGAAGCUACUUUACGAUCUUGAGAAUAACGCCAGCGGCGAUGAUCCUGUUAUAGAUGCCGAGAACCUUGUCAACGUGACUUUUGCAGCUCCUAUGAUUGGCAAUUACGAGUUGGCAAAACAUGUUAAUGAAAAGCAGUAUGCAAGAAACAUGUUUCAUUUUUCGUUCGUGGGUGACAUUGUUCCCGUUGUAUUGUCAGUUGGGCAUGUGUUUGAGGUUCUAAAGCAGAAUGUUUCUUUUGGAGUCGUAGGUGCAAAAACUGCCAUUUUUUCUCAGAUUCGAAAAAUCAUACCUCUAUUCAAGUUUUGUCUGGCAGUUGCUGCAAAUGUACUCGAAAAUCCAGUGGCAAAGAACAUACAGGGAGCGUUGAAAUCUCUGAAUGCUCCGCCUUCGAGUUUGUAUAAUGCAUACACUGAGCUCAACUACGUUCCAAUUGGAAAAUAUUUGCUGAUUCAGAAAUUGGAUCAGGGUGUCAGCAUUGAACAUCUGAAAAAUAACCCUAAAAUAGUAGAAAGAGUUCUGCAGUCGGCGACUGACUUGGUUGUCAAAGAUUAUCUGGGUUCAUUGUCAAAGAUUCGCGAAUUCCACUCACUUGACAAUUAUCGAGACCUAAUAAAGACUUAUUUUGGUGGGUUCGCGUUAUUCGGGAAAGCGCAGAUUUGCAUCGAAAAGAAGGACUGCAAAAUGUUUCAAGACGAGAACGACCACAUCUACAAUUUUGAAAGCGUCUGCUCAUUUACUUGCGGAGCUUUCUGCACAAACUCUCAACCUCUAAACCAGAAGGUUCAAGACAUCGUGUUUUGUAAAACCUGCUACGAGGAUCAGGGAACCAUCGAGCACUUCUUCCAUGUAACCUGCUCAAAGGAUUUUCAUCUCAAUGAAAAGGAGAACCACGUUACUCGAAAAUUCGAUUGGGAAAAUUUUACGGACAACCCAGAUGAAUGGAAACAAAUCUUCCUUGAUCCGGAUCUGGAAAGGUAUAAAAUACCGUUUUGGAAGGUUGGGCAAGCUAUCGCGAGCAACGCUGCUGUUCCUGCCCGACAAAUUUUUCAAAUUCGUAGCCAUCCAGCUCUCAUAAGUGGUCUUUUAAAUAUGACUUUGUCCUCGGCAAAGACAAAUGCAAUUGGUACAGCCGUUAUGUUUGGCGUUAGCUUAUCCUUUGACAUCGCCCAUUUUUUCCGCGGUAAAAUCACAGCUAAGCAGUUAGUCGUGGCCACAUUUGAGAGUUUCGCAUCAAGUGUAGCUUCUGGAGGUGCGAGUAUAGGAGCGUCUUCUGUUAGUGCUCUUGUAGGGAGCUUAUUCGGGCCAGUUGGAACCAUGCUGGGAUAUUUUGCAGGUGGGCUGAUUGGAGGUAUUGUAGGUUACUGGGCUGGUAAAAUGGGUGCGAAGAAAAUUGCGGACAAAAUGGGCUGGUGCAAACUACCAGAAGACGAGCAGAAAGCAGAUGUGAUUGUGGACGCGCUAGUACUUCUAGAAGUACCUCUUCCGAAUGGAAAUGUGGAGGAAAUAAUAGAGGAAGACGUUAUGAAAUGCUUCAGAAGGAAAGCGCUCAGAUAUCAUCCUGAUAAAUUGACCGCCGAUGCAUCUGAGAGGGAGAAAUCGGAAUGUAAGCUGUCCUGGUGUUUGAUCUCGUUCUCAAGGAAUACAUUAGUAGCAUAUAGCAAAGACCCCCAAUCCCUUUCAGGAAAAGUGGUGAAGCUUGUCAACAGAAAUUGGAGGCGAAAAAAGGACCAAGUCGAUAUGCUGCGCAUGAAGGAAAAGAUAGAAGCACUUGGAAAAAAGCAGAAACCUGAGCUGGCGGUUGAAAAACCAAAAUUUUGUCAAACAUUCACACAAAAAACUGACUAAUUUGAUAAAUUGCGUUUUUUGGCAUUAUGGAU